GUCUAAUUAUAUUUCCUUUCUUCAAUUUUUUGCAGUGAAAAUGUCACCUUAUAUCGUGAGUGCAAUUUUUGCGGCUGUCCUCGGCCUUGCCCAUGCGCAAGUGCCCGGAUUCGGAGGAUGCCCCGAAUUCGUCGCCAUGUCCGACUUCGACAUGUCCAGGUUCCUUGGAACUUGGUACGAAGCUGAACGCUACGUGAACAUUUUUGAAGCUGGAACCAGAUGCGUGAGGACUAACUACACCAAGGCUAACGACGGUCGCUACUUAGUUUCGAACGAAAUCACUAACAGAUACACUGGUGUCAAGCGAGUUUUGGAGGGAGAAAUCAGACUCGUAGUCAAGGGUGCCGAAUCCAAACUGAAUGUUAGGUACCCCAACUUGCCAAUUCCCUACGACACUCAAUACUCAGUUUUAGAAACUGAUUACGAUGACUACGCCGUCAUCUGGUCUUGCUCAUCUCUUGGAAUCGUCAACACUCAACAAGCCUGGGUGCUGACCAGACAGAAGCUGCCAUCCGGCACGACCCUGCAGAAGGCCUACGGAGUCCUGGACAAGUUCAAGCUCAGCCGCAGCUUCUUCUUCAAGACCGACCAGGAAAGCUGCAACUUGGCCGAGACCAUCAAGACCGACCAGGCCGCCAAAGACGGCGCAGACAACGUCGUGCCCGAAGUCAUCGCCGCCGCCAGCGAGGUUGAGCCGGUCAAGGUGCCCGCCCCGGUCGCUGCCCCACCCGCCGCCGCCCCCGCCCCCGUAGUCGCCGCCCCCGUAGUGGCCCCCGCCGCCCCCCACCACGACCACAAGGAAGGGCACAAGGACCACAAGGAGAAGCCCGUCACUGACGCCAGCCACCACCACCACCAACACCAGACCCACCACGUUCACAAGGACGCACCACACAAGGACUCCGUGCACAAGGACUCCGUACACAAGGACUCAGUACACAAGGACUCCGUACACAAGGAAGUCUACCAACAAUUCCCAAAAACCCAAAAAAUGGAUUCCACCGUGACCAGAAGUGUUUUUAUGCUCCUGACAGCAGCAGCAUAUUUAGGAAGAGCUCAAGUGCCCUUCUUCGGCCCAUGUCCUGAUUUGCAAACAAUGGUCCAUUUUGAUAUCACAAAGUAUUUAGGACGAUGGUACGAAGCAGAACGGUAUUUUGCAGUCUUUCAGUUUGCGGGCAAAUGCGUUACUGCUAACUACACGGCCGGAGAUGAUGGCGUCGUUAAUGUUGUCAACUAUCAAAUAAGCUCAUUAACAGGCAUUCCAUCUACAAUAGAGGGUCAAAUUUCAACGGAUAACAAACAAGGAGCAUCAAAACUCUACGUUAAAUUUCCUGGAUUACCCGUGCCCAUGGACGCGCCAUACUGGGUUUUGGACACGGACUACGAUAAUUAUUCAGUUGUAUGGUCUUGCACAGAUUUUGGGAUUUUCAGUGCACGGAAUGCAUGGAUAUUGACUCGAUUGCCAGAACCCUCCAUUGAAGUAAUGGAAAGAGCGUAUGCGGUUGUCGACAGAAACGCAGUUAGCAGAGCUUACUUCAUAAGAACAGAUCAACGUAACUGUCCAUCUGCCGCUGAUCUUGCCAUUGGGAGAUCUAAAUCAAAACACUGAUUGGCUAAAGACUGAGCGCCUAACCCACCAAUUUUUCCACUCUAGAAAGAACUCACUGAGUUCUCUAAUAGUUGUGUGCUGAAGCGAAAUUGCAGCUGGUUGUUACAAAUUGGACUGCAUUUUGCA